ACCCUAAUCCCUUUUUUGAAUGAUUAUUCAUAAAUUAAGCUUGUAAAUGUCAUUUUAUGCUUCUAAUUGGAUGUUCUUUUGAGUUGAUUUUCAUUUUUGUAGCUUACAGUUUGAGAUUUGCUUAUGUUGUAGACUCUAUUAUGGAUGGAAUAUGUUAAUUCUGUCUUUAGAAUAAGAGAAUUAGCAUUUAUAUAUCAAUUGGCUGUCUUACAGGAUAUUGAGUUUUUUUUUAAAAAAUAAUAUUAAAGUUCCUAGCUUUCUGCUCUUUUGGUGAUUCGAACUUAUAAUUGUAGAGUUGAAGGUAGAGGAUGCUUACUAUCCGAGCAUUGAGCAACCCCUUUUUGUUGAAUAGUGAGUUGAAUGUUUAAGUUAGCUGUUUCUGUUAUGGAUGUUUAUUUAUUGGUGAAGCAAUAACAGCAUCAGCCAGCCUUCACUGCUUUCUCCACCAAGAAAUCUGACCAGAAAAAAUCCACUUUCCAGUUUUCCUACUUAUGUUUUCGUGCACUUUUGUCCAGCCAUCUGUUUUUUAUUGCCGAUGUCUAUCGGAAACAGCUCUCUACCUCAGAGGUAGCGGUAAGGUCUGUGUACACUCUACCCUCCAAAGACAAACACUUUUUUGUACGAAGUUUUGUUGUUUCUUAUUGUAAUUAGAAUUGAGAAUUUGAGAAUUGGGUUUUAAAGAUAGGUUCUUUAUGAGAAAACAAUAUUUUUUGAUAGGUUCUUUAUAGUCGAUCUCUUUUUCUGGUAAAUCCAAGUUCCUUUUCCUUCACUGGCAUUCUGCUAAUGUGGCAAAUUUCUUGAUUUAUCUCUUCCUCUAUAGCAGCAGCAUCAGAUAGGUUGAUUUUUUUUUCUUUAUUCGAUUUCCUUCUUUUCUUGAUGUUGCAUUUGCAGAAAUUGACCUCUUAACAAAAAGUUACUGUAAUCAAUGUUUAAUGUGAUCAUCAUAUUUGUUUUACAGGUGACAAAGAGAUGAAGUUUCUAUAAAUUGAUUUUAUACAUGGAGGAGAGCCAUGGCAUUUGCAAGCUUUAAUGGCUCUCUCAAAGAGAUAUGAGGAGGUGUUCUGCUUUUGUUUUUCCUUACCAUAGUCAAGUCUUGUCUUAUCAUCGAUACUUGGGUUCUGUGACAAAACACAUGUCAUUCUUUUCAUAUUCAACUAAUUCUGCAGUUGCAAAGCGUUCUUGCCUAACUUUAACUGCCGCGAGACCUUUUCCAGAUUAUUCGCCUAAAAAACCCUCCGUUAGAGACUUUGAACUUGUGCAGCACGUAUCGACUUCUAUUAAGCAACGUUACUCUGAGCAUGUUCGGCGUGUUUUAAAGCCCUUUGAAUCAAAAAUCAAACCUGACCACAUUGUUUGGGUUCUCAUGACCAUAAAGAAUGAUUACAAACUGGUUAUAGAUUUCUUUGAUUGGUGGUGUCAACGGAGGGACCCGUCAAUUGAGGUCCGUUGUAUUAUCGUGCAUAUUGCUGCUGCACAGAAAGAUGCAAGGAUAGUACAUAGGCUUAUUCAUGAUUUUUGGGCAAGACCCAGUGUAGAUGUGACAGUUUUCUUCCCCCAGUUUCUUGAAAAGUUAAUAUACACUUAUAAGGAUUGGGGUUCUAAUCCAUUUGUUUUUGAUAUUUUCUUCCAAGUGCUUGUAGAGUUAGGAAGUCUAGAUUAUGGAAGAAAACUUUUUGAUAAAAUGUUGCACUAUGGCUUAGUUCUAUCUGUCUCUUCAUGUAACUUUUUCCUUUCACGUCUCUCGCAUGAGAUUGAGGGGCACAAAAUGAUGCUAAAGGUCUUUAAUGAAUUUUCUGAAGUGGGUGUUUGCUGGGACAAUGAAUCUCAUAAUAUAGUGAUCCAUUCUCUUUGUCGGAUAGGGAAAGUUAAAGAAGCUCAUAACUUACUCCUGCAAAUGGAGCUGAGGGGUUGUAUGCCCGAUGUUGUAAGUUACAGCACUGUGAUUAAUGGAUACUGUGCCGCUGGACAGCUUGAAUCAGUGAUGAAGAUCAUCGAAGAAAUGCAAGUAAAAGGAUUGAAGCCAAAUGCAUUUACUUUUAACAGUAUAAUUCUUCUUUUGUCAAAGAGAGGGAAAGUGCAUGAUGCCGAGAAAAUCCUGAGGGAGAUGACUUCCCAGCGAAUCACUGCGGAUAAUGUUGUUUACACAACUCUUAUAGAUGGCUUCUGCAAAACUGGGAACAUAAGUGCUGCAUAUGGCCUGUUCAAUGAGAUGCAGAGUCUUAACAUUAGCCCUGAUUUGAUAACAUAUACUACCCUUAUUUCUGGUCUGUGUCAAACUGGAAAUAUUGUUGAAGCAGAUAAGUUGUUGAAUUAUAUGCUUGGCCGGGGGUUAGAACCUGACGAAUUCAUUUAUACAACACUUAUUGACGGUUAUUGCAAGGCAGGGGAGAUAAGGACAGCCUUUUCUCUUCACAACAAAAUGGUUCAGAUGCAGUUUGUGCCAAAUAUUGUGACUUACACUACACUAGUAGAUGGGCUUUGUAAACUAGGGGAACUUGAAACAGCAAAUGAACUUCUCCAAGAGAUGUGCGGAAAGGGUCUUGAACUGAAUAUUUACACAUACAACUCACUUGUUAAUGGUUUUUGUAAAGCUGGAGAUGUGAAUCAAGCGUUGAAGUUGAUGGAAGAUAUGGAAGCUGCAGGUAUCUGUCCUGAUGCUUUUACGUAUACUACUCUAAUGGAUGCUUAUUGUAAAUUAGGAGAGAUGGGCAAAGCUCAUGGACUACUUCGUCAAAUGUUGCUUAGAGGGCUCCAACCCACAGUAGUUACAUUCAACGUUCUGAUGAAUGGCUUUUGUAUGUCAGGGAUGCUACAAGAGGGUGAUAAACUGUUGAAGUGGAUGUUGGAGAAGGGUAUAAUACCAAAUGCUACUACUUACAAUUCUCUUAUGAAGCAGUAUAGUGUGCGAAAUAAUAUGUGUAUGACGUCAGAAAUUUACAAGGGGAUGCUGGACCAAGGAGUUGUACCAAAUGCCAAUACCUUUAACAUAUUGAUACGAGGACAUUGCAAAGCUAGAAAUAUGAAAGAGGCUUGGUUUUUGCACAAGGAAAUGAUCAAGAAGGGAUUCACUCCGACAUUAGAGACUUAUCAUGCACUCAUCAAAGGGUUUUUAAGGAGGAAAAAGUAUUCUGAGGCGAAAGAAUUGUUUGAAGAGAUGAGAAGAUAUGGUUUAUUGGCAGAUAAAGAAUUUUACUCUAUCUUUGCGGAUAUGAACUAUGAACUAGGGAACUUUGAUUUGGCGCUUGAGCUUUGUGAUGAAGCAGUAGAAAAAUGUCUUACAGACAAGACUGAUAACAGGAAUGCAUGAUGGUUGUCUGACAUGAUUCUGCAUCCUGUAGCUAUUUUUGGAACCAGUGACAAAAAACUAGUUGCCUUGCUCCCAAUGAUGCUAAUCUUUUUCGUGCUGUCAAGUCGGUUCAAGUUGUGUUACUCUGGAGGUGAAGGGAGGACCAAUUAAUCACCUUUAAAACAAUCCCGCUUGGAUCAGAAAGAAGCAUGCAAGCUAGGUGUCGUGGACUUGGAGUUCUACUGCAGUGAAGUAUAGUAGAGUAUACCACCAAUAAAUGUCAAAAAGCACCGGAAACCAGGAGAAGAUUCGUGAAAAGCUGUUGUUUUGAUAUGUGGAAGUAGCGGUUUAAAGAAUGCAUGAUUGUUUAACCCAGUUUAAACUGUUGGAGGAGGAUAGAUGAUAUUCAAUGACUAUUUCUUGAUAUGUAUGAAAUUUUCAAAUAGCUCUCACAUGUUGGUAAUUAUGCCAUAGACCUGGUGGUAUCAGUUUCAGGAGAAGUGCAAUGACUACAGGAUGAAGCUAGUCAAAAGCAGCAGACAGUAAAGAACAAGGACCGAGCAGAGAUCUGCUUUAGCAACGUGACCAUCUGAAGGUGCAGAGGGACCUGGGCUCUCAGCAGUCCUUGCUAUCUCCAUCGAGCAAGUGUAGUUGCAGCGACUUGGACGAACCACUCUGUAUACACCGGUGCUUGUAAAAACAUAGGUAUCCUUCCUGUUAUCCUGUCCAAAUGAGAAUAUGUAACCUAAAGCAGGCAAUGGACUAUUGGGAACUGAGCUGCAAUUGAGAGGGGAAUCAUGAGCACAACUGAAAGAAAUGCCUCUUGCUGUAAAGUUCCCACUGUUAUACGGAUUUUCUUGAGCUGCCCAAAAGUUCUUAGCAUACAAAUCUCCAUAGAGGGAUCAGUCUUGGAGCGAUAAACAUAGCCACCUGAUAUGGCUGCACAUCGAACUUCUUUAUUUAUAUCAGAAUGGCGGUAUCCUAACACUGGGAAGAUGGGAUCCUCGAAAUCAUCAGCUGAAGCAUUUUUUAAGCGUAAAGGACCUUCAUACAUGCUCCAUCCAUAGUUUCCCCCUUUCGUGAUGAUGUCAACUUCUUCAUACUGAUCCUGCAUGAUUCAAAUGAUUUUCAGAAACUCACGUCAAGAUACCAGGUAGCAUGUUAUGUCUGUUGACAAGAUCUUAACCAACAGAGAUAUAAUAGGUCUCAACAAAAAUGAGAUUGUCAUUGAACCUGGCCAACAUCUGCACAGAUGAAGUAAGAAGGCCUUUCUGAAUCAAAGCUACAGCGCUAAGGGUCUCUCAGUCCAAGCGCCCAGAUUUCAGGCUGCAAAUCCUUAUUUUGUGAAUAAGGAUUAUCUCGAGGAACCGAAUAGUUACCCCAAUAUCCAAGGUCUGCAACAUAUGGUGCUUGCAAUGAAACCUUUUGAAAUGGAGGUGGUAACGUAAUUCAACAUGGUAUCAGAGCUGGUAUAAGCCCGAAAGAAUCAGACCAACAAAGAUUGGCUGUUUAAGAACACAAUUGAGUGAAAAACCAACCAAUGAUGGAUUUGGUGCAGUCCCAUUAGCACUUAACUCUGCAACAACAGAAUGGUAUUGGCAUGGCUGCUUAUAAUAUAAUUUUUAGUUUUAAUUUUUUUGUUUGACUUUCUUUUUAGUCUAUUUCAAGAAGAUAUCACAUUAUGCAAUUCUUUAAUUUUAAACUUUUCAUACAUUUUAGAACACAACAUUUCAUUACAUUCUAUAUAUCUAACUGUAAAAUUCAAAAA